AUGGCUACCGCAUCAUCACUUCUUCUGGCACCACCUUCUCCACUCUCCAUUCAAUUUCAAUCUUCCUGCUCUCACCUUUCGUUCUCCCGCUCCCAAAUUCUUCACUCAUCGUUCAUCACUUCAUCAUUGCCGUCGCUCUCAGCUUCUUCUUCAAUCUCGUCUCUUUCACCAACCACUCCUUCUGGUAAUUUCUCCGUGUAUUGUGGUAGAGGCGAUAGGAAAACUGCAAAGGGAAAACGCUUCAUCCAUUCGUUUGGAAAUGCAAGGCCUAGGAACAAGAAUAAAGGUAGAGGACCACCUAGGAUUUAUGCUCCACCGGAUUUAUCCAAAAAAGAAACGCUUGAAGAUAAGGAAGUGAUUGAGAUUACCAUUCAGGAAUGA